AUGCUAAGACGCCCUCUGUUUUCACGGGUCUUCACUACCUGCAGAAGUCGACUUCUUCGGCAACGACAGUGUAAUGCAUUUGAUCCCAUUGCCAGCACCACGCGAGGCAUCGCCUCUCUUGCGCUUUCCCCAACAUCUCUCCGCUGCAAAGAUGUGCGCCGUGGCGAUCGCGGGGACUCGCGCCGCUUGACAUUUGAAGAGCGGGCAGAGCGCCGCACGGGGAAGUCGCGUGAACAAAAAGUUGCGAAGGAGAAUUUGUUGCAGGAGGCGGAAACGGUCGUCAACGAGGAUGUGCCGGAGGAGCUCGAGCAUGUCUAUAUGCAACACUUUGAGAGGGCCAAUGUGAGUGCGAUGAAGGUGCUGAAUAUGGCCAAGUGUCUCGAACUGCUCGAAGUGGAUGUUGGGGGCGGCCGCAAAGUCCCGCUGGCGAAAGUGGCACAUGUUGUCAAGACGGGCAACGCCACACUUGAGGUGGUGCCGCAAACCGCAAGUUUCGCCAGCGCCAUUCUGCAGCGCGUGACCCGCUUCGACAGCACACUGCGAGUGACGAAGGAACAGCAGAAGAUACGCGUCGCACUGCCGCCCAUCACAACUGGCAGGCGAGACCGUGCGGUGGCGGAGAUUGAGGCGCAGUGCAGUGCAUUCCGCCUAAAGGCAAAGAGCGUGCGGGCACACGCCACACGGGCAUUGCAGGACGCUGGCCUCGACGAGAGCGCCGUGCGGGAACUGCAGACGCGAUUAGACGAAAACGUGAACGCCUUCACAGAGGAGAAGGUGGCAGAGUUGCAGCAACUCGCGGAAGAUGUGACGUCUAUGGGAGUUGACGAGUCGGAUGUUGGUGUGUAG